UUCCCAUGCUGCUGGGGUAGGCGGGACCAAUUAUCAUGGGAGAUCGCGAGCUGUACGUGACGUCACCAACUCGUGCGACCAAUAGCAGUUUAGGUUUUUCGUCGCAGAAAGUUGGCCAGGCGGACGCUCAAGAAGGAAAGAGGUUCUUGCGUUUUUCUGGGGGUGCGACGCCGCCAACGUUGGUUGCCGCGCGUUGGAUCGUCGACUGCCCGUUCAUCGCAGAUCGUUUCGCGAAAACCUCGGUGCCAUCACUGUGGCUCGUGUGUGUGAACACUGUGUGGUGGUAGAUCGGCGAGACGCAUUUUUCGGCUUUGGAUAACUGGCACGAAGGGAGCAGCGACCACUUGGAUCUAACGGCGACUUGUGCAGCCUCGCACCACCAUUUCGGAUACUUGAACGCAACGAGGUGGGAUAAACCUACACGCCAGCGCAUCGGAAUCCUUCUUCCGGAUAAUCACAACGGAGCGGCGGAGUUCCGUCCUCGCGUCCAGCGCUGCUUCAUAAACAACAGUGCUGUUGAAUUCGACGUUGGCGUCCCAGGGACAUCCCGCCAACUACACUACGAACAUCGCCGAAGCGCACGCCCCAAAACCCCGCACCACUCCACUAUACCAGUGCAGCGGGAUAGCGUGUGCCGCAUCGAAAAAAGGACGAGAAGAGAAGGAGAGAGACAAAGAAAGGGGCAAGCUUCCGAGGACACCGCCAGGAGGAUUAUGAGCCAACAGCCUGAUUGUGUGGAGAUGAUGAAUUAGUGAGGAGAAGUGUGGGCCUGCUGCACCCAAACAUGGUUUCCACACAGACUGCAAUGCCACCGCCUGCACCGCCACCUGCCGUGAGCUCACCCAUGAACGUCCAGCAGCAACAGCAACAAAACCAGCAGCCGCAGCAGGUUGUGGUCAGCUCGCAGCAGACAUUGGCAUCGCCCACUUCCGUGACCGUGACCCAGGUUCCCAACCAGGUCACCAUGACCACAAGUGCCCAUUUGCAGCCGCAGCAACCGCAGUCGCCCAUCGGUGGCCCCAUGCCCCCGCACUCGUCUACGUGCACAGUCAUCCCUCAACAGGCCAUUCAGAGCAUGACCCAGUCGCAGUUGCAGCCCGUAAGUGGCUACUGUGCGCCACCGUAUUGUGCACGAAGUCACUAUCCUGUGCAGGUGAUACAGCAGUCACUGCCAAACCACUACCUGCCACAGCUGUACUCACAGCAGCAGAUGCUGUUGCCAGGCAACCUGGCCAUCCAGCAACACAGCAUGGGAGCCCUGCAGGGCCUCAACUUGCAGCUGCAGAGCAAGGCCCACGUGGACCCCACAAAGCAGGGAGGGGCAGGGGGACCGCAUGGGACGACCACUAUCAUUCCAGCUGUGUCCAUCGCAAGCGUCAACCCAGGUGGCAAGGGUGUGACCAUCAGCAGCGCACCGACGCUGGUGACCACCAAUUGCCACAUGAUGGGCACUGCAGGCAAGACCUGCCUCCCCACAGGCCAGAUGAUCCACAAGGGCACCACGGUCAUGGGCCACGGCGGCUACCAACUGCCGUCGACCAGCACAAGCCAGCAGACGCUGGUCAUCAACCCCCUCGGACUCAUCUCGGGCCAGAGCAUCCUCCCAGCGGCCACUCAAGCCAAGCAGAUGGACGCUAACAAGGCCAAGCCUUUCAUGGUAAAGCAUGCUUCCUUGAUGUCCCAGAAGGUACCCCCUACCUCUUACGCUCAGGUGAUGAGUCAGCAGACGCCACUACAGCCAAAAGCACCGCUAAUGGCUAACACAGUAAAUGCCCACGGAUCGGGCCAGAUGGCCACCGCUCAAGUGAUCAACACCAACCAGUUCAAGCAGCUUUCCCAGAACAACCCACAAAUCAUCUCUAGCCAGCAGCCCACCGUCAUCAGCCAAGCACAGCUUCUAGGCUCGCUGCAAGCUCUCAACGCCACGUUUCCGCACGGCAUAACGUGGGCGCAGCCGGGCCAACUGCAGAGCCCGACCCUGCUCACCCAGAACCCCAUUUACAUCCGGAGCCAGCAGUCGGACGUCUUCCUGCAGCAGGCCCCCCAGCAGGCCCUUCACGCGCUACCCGUGGCCACUGCUCAGCCCACUGUAGCCCAGGCACAGCCCCAAGCACAACCCCAGGCCCCCCAGCAGCCUACUGUGGCACUGGCUGCCGCCCCUCCCGCGCAGCAGCCACAGCCGAUCCAGCAGCAGCCGCCCAAGCCCAAACAGGUUCGUCCAGCCAGCUCAGUUGCUACUCAGACUGCCACCUCAACUUCUGUUACCGUCAACUCUCAUGUCCUCCCGGCACGAACGCAGGCCAAGCCAAGGAUCAGAGCCCAGACAAACCGUACUUCCCCAGGUCCCUGGACAGCAGCAGAACAUGAUCUCACACUCAAACUGCAAACACACAGACACAGACUUUUGCUGUGCCAUCUCCGCAGCAGCAGACACGGCACAGCAACAACAGCAGCAGCAGCAGCAGCAACACCAUCAUCACCAGCAUCAGCAGAACCUCCAGCACCCGCACACCCAGCACACUCACCAGCACGCCAACACUCAAUUUCAGCAACAGAUUCAUCAGCAGAUACACCAGCAUCAGCAGCAACAAAAAGCUGAUGCAGCCAAUCAGACAGCAGUCGCCCAACAACAGCAACAGCAGCAUCAACAGCAGCCAGCAGCAGCAAGCACAGCAGCAAGCACAACAACAAGCUCAGCAGCAAGCACAACAGCAAGCACAGCAGCAAGCGCAACAACAAGCUCAGCAGCAAGCACAACAGCAAGCUCAGCAGCAAGCUCAACACCAGGCUCAGCAGCAAGCACAGCAGCAA